CUGUUGCCUCAGCUGGGACGUUGAAUGCGCUUAAAUCUGCUACUAAGGAGCCUGGUGUGAAGAGAGUGGUUUACACGUCUUCCUCGAUUGCGGCUACGAUGGCGAGGCCGGGUGUUGAGUUUUCGAUUGAUGCAACAUCCUUCAACGAGGAGGCGAUCGCAAAGGCGUGGCAGUUCCCGUCGGAUGAGCCGCCAGAGAUGCAUGGGUUGUAUAUCUAUGGCGGGAGUAAAGCACAAGCAGAAAAGGAUGUUUGGGCGUGGUUGCGGGAGAAUAAACCGCAUUAUGCGUUCAACUCUGUUCUUGCAAAGUCGCACUCGGGCAAUGGUAGAUCCCUGCCAAACUGCAACAUCGGCGAAGUGCUCCGUCCAGACAAGCAAGGCUUCCCGAGUAUAGCAACAUGGGUCCGGGUCCUGCUCUUCGACCCUGAAACGCUGAAAGUUUACGCGAAAGUAAUGCAGCCUCAAUGGUAUAUCGACCCCGUCGACGACGCCCUCAUCCACAUCGCCGCUUUGAUCUACGACGACGUUACCGACGAGCGCCUCUUCGCGUUCGCGGAACCAUUCACUUGGAACCAGGUCCUCUCGAUUGCGAGGAAGCAGUUUCCAGACCGCUCGUUUCCGGAGGAUAUCGAGGGACAGGAGCCGGAUCGUUGUACGGUGCCGAAUCAGCGGGCGUUAGAGCUGCUGAAGAGGAUGGGAGUGGAAGGGUGGACGGAGUUGGAGGAGAGCGUGAAAGUGCUGGGGAAACAACUUGUGGAAUUUGGGAACUGAGUCAGUUCCUGUUACAAGAAACUCGACAUUGCGCCUAUAUAUUGGAGAGACUAUGGGGGCAACCCUAGCAGCGGCAGACGAGUGUGCACAGUCUUAUAGCUUGUCGCUCACUCUGGGCAUGAAAAAAGUGGCACAAUCAUCAAGUACUCUGCCCAUGUGUACACCUGUCUGUCACUACAAGAAGU